CUCACGGUAGAAACUGCCUUUUGGGACCGUUCGAAAGCAUAAGAAGAGCUCGGGACCGUUCAUUCACUCUGGAAAAACAAACCCAACAACAACUGUUUUGCUUUUCUUCUUCAACUACUCGAAGCUUCUCAAUUUGAGGCAGACCCACUUUUGCAGAGACCGCUUUUGCAAGAUCAAUUUGUGGAUUAUUUGUUGGUUUUCUGGGUUGAAUCAAUUGUUGCUUGAUUUGCGGGUUUUUUUCGGUGCAUGAGAAGAAGGGCUUGCAUUAAUUCUUGGAUUUGAUCAGCAAAAUGCUCAGAAAGAAAAGUGAUUCCCAGGUUCACAAAGCGCUUCAGAGACUCUGCCGCAAUUACGGAUGGUCUUAUGGUGUUUUUUGGCGCUUUGAUCACACAAAUUCCUUAUUGUUGACUAUGGAAGAUGCUUACUAUGAAGAGCAUGUUGGGGUCAUUAUCGACAACAUGCUUCUGCAAGUCCACGUCCUCGGCAAUGGAAUUGUUGGCCAAUCAGCUUUUACUAAUACGCACCGAUGGAUGUUCUCUGAUGCUGUAGUUUCUAUUGAUAAUCAUGAUAUGAUCCAGGAUAAUUCCGAGAUUCAUCACCAAUUUUCCUAUGGAAUAGAGACAGUUGUUCUAAUCUCUGUGGAACCACGAGGGGUGGUACAGUUUGGAUCUACCCAGAAGAUUCCUGAGAGUAUGGAAUUUGUGGAUCAGACGAAAAGAUUGUUUCGAGAGAUAGAAAAUGGUGAUAUGGUCUUUUUACCAGACAACAUCCCUUCAUCUUCAAACAGUGAAAUUUAUGGUAUGAGCGGAGGGUUGUUUGCUUCCUUAAUAUCAUCUGGAAAUUCCAAUCCCGGGAAUUUGAAACCUAUUGAUGAUGCCAAUUCUAAAAAUUAUGUGGCAACAACUAGUUCUUCAGCAGAUCUUCCAUGGUUAUCCCCAUUCACUUCUGACCAUGGAAGGACACACUCAUCUCAUCUUUAAAAUCAGUUGCAAAUGGCUACCACAGAAGCUCCACUAGUACAAUCUACCACUUAUUGCUCUGCUGCCCCAACACCUUGCAUUAGUACAUGGAGUAGUGGACAGUCAACUCUGACUUCAUUUGAGCAGCAACUGCUAUCUUCUAGUAUGGCUUACCUCUCUCUCUCUCUCUCUCUCUCUCUCUCUGUAUUUUUGAAUACUUGUGCAAACUGUCCCAGUUCAAAGCAAAAAAAAAAAAAAAAAAGUAAUGCAAGUGUGUCAACUGCAAUAGGCUAAAACCAUUCAAUUGCUGUGGCCCAUGUUUUUCUUUAGCUUCUGCUUUAACUUGUUCAUAGUAGCUUUUAUUUUUGGUAAUUUGUUCAUAGAUUAGAUUGAAGCUGAUAAACCAGUAAAAGGCUAGCUGCUAACCUCUGUUCUCUGGGCUUUCCUGUCCUCAUUUCACUAAUGCAAUAAUCAUACUUGUGCCCUCUCUGUCUCUCUCCCUCUCUCUCUCUCUCUCGUGGAUUUCUAUAGUUCAUAUUUUGUGGGCAAUAAUUCAUUAUGAAGUGUGUUGUCUUUGUUUGCAGUUUGAUUUUAGAUUUAUUGCAGUUUGAUUUCAAUGAUUAAGAGCAUUGGGGUUUGAAUGGCUUUCCUUUUGAAAUUUUGAUACUCAACUUUCGAAAUUUUGAUUAAAUUUUAGUUUCUGUUUUACAUGUC